CAGACUCGGAAGUUAAUUCGUUCUGUUUGCUUUGAUCAAAGUUUUCAAUAAAAACGACGAAGGAAAAGGAGAUUGGAGAGUGGCAGCGCUACAAUCUGUUAAAUUACACAUAUUUGAGAAAUUACCGCGAAUGUCAAUCCAGCUGCCGGAAGACCCCCUUUUUGUAUCACUGUGGUUAUAUUUGUUUUAGGGAGUGGGAGGCUAAUAUUCAGAAAGGGAGCGGUGACAGCGAGAAGGAUAGACAGCUGUUGUUUCGUGAGAUGGACACAGAUGAGUGAAUCGCGUUCCUGGGUAGUGUAAUCGACUUCACUGGUGAUACAAUAAAUUCACGUGUUAUUUGUUUAUGUGUCAUUAAAACUCAGAACUAUGGAUUCCUCGGCAUUGGAGUUGGAUGCAGUAAAAUUCGCAAAAUCUGCCGUUUUCAAUGACCAAAACGGAAAAUACAACGAAGCUGUUUUUUAUUAUAAGGAAGCUGCUCAAGCCUUGAUUUAUGCCAGCAUGGCAGGAUCAAAAUUGGAGAAUAUCCAGGACAAAAUUAGCGAAUACUUAGACAGGGUGGAGGCCCUUCACACUGCAGUUCAGGCACAGAGCAUUGAUCCCCUUAAGUCGAAGCAUCAGCUUGAUCUGGAGCGGGCUUAUUUUCUGGUCACACAAGCCUUUGAGGAUGAUGAGAAAGGCAACGUCGAAGAAGCUGUAGAACUGUACACGCAGGCUGUGGAACUGUGUAUAGAAACGGCUAAUGAGACUUCUGACCAAACCCUCCAACUCAAACUGAAACAACUAGCUCGGCAGGCCCUUGACAGAGCAGAGGGUCUUAAAGACACCCUGUCUAAGCCAGCUCCUAAGGACAGACCUGCAUCGGCCAAACGCAGUAACCCAGUGAGAGCCUUCCAGCCCCUGGGACCCGACUUCAGCUUGCAAGAUAAACCCCAGCCAGUCCGACAGGUGCAGUCCUACGAGCCCCAAGGGCAGAAGUACACAUGCGAGGAGAUUGAAGUCUUGAGGAAAACCUCUAAGAUUAAUGGUAUAGAAUAUGUCCCAUUCAUGAGCGUUGACCUAAAGGAACGGUUUGCCUUCCCAAUGCCGUUUUCAGACAAAUUUGGAAAGCUCGCCCUGUCACCCAAACAGAAAGCCAUAUUCUCCAGAUGGGUUCGACCAGAUGAGAUUUCCAACAACCCCACCAUGAUCUUCACUGUGUCCAGCUUUAGCAUCAAACAGACUGUAGUAUCGGACUGCUCUUUUGUGGCAUCACUGGCAAUAAGUGCAGCAUAUGAGAGACGCUACAACAAGAAGUUAAUCACAAGCAUUAUCUACCCUCAGAACAAAAAUGGACAGCCUGAGUAUAACCCAUGUGGGAAGUACAUGGUCAAGCUUCAUAUAAACGGGGUUCCCAGAAAGGUUAUAAUUGAUGACUAUUUGCCAGUGGAUCACAAUGGGGAGCUGCUCUGUUCCUACUCCAGCAACAAGAAUGAGCUAUGGGUGUCCCUGAUUGAGAAAGCUUACAUGAAGGUCAUGGGGGGGUACGAUUUCCCAGGUUCCAAUUCGAAUAUUGAUCUUCAUGCUCUAACUGGUUGGAUCCCUGAACGAAUCGCCAUGCAUUCAGACAAUCAAGCUUUCAGCAAAGACGACACUUUCCGAAUGCUGUAUCAAAGGUUUCAUAAGGGACACGUCCUCAUCACGACAGCGACAGGGGUGAUGACAGAGGAGGAAGGCGAGCGGUGGGGCCUGGUGCCCACACAUGCUUACGCUGUCCUGGACAUUCGAGAAUACAAGGGGUUUCGGUUUCUUCAACUCAAAAAUCCUUGGAGCCACUUGCGCUGGAAAGGGCGCUUCAGCGAGCGCGACGAGAAGAGCUGGACGACAGAACUGCUCAAAUACCUCAACUUUGACCCCAAAACCGCACAGAAAUUUGACAACGGGGUGUUCUGGAUUACCUGGGAAGACUUGUGUCAGUACUAUGAUGUUAUAUAUCUGAGCUGGAGACCUGCACUUUUUAAAGAAUCAUCUUGCAUUCACAGCACUUGGGAAGCAAAGCAGGGUCCAGUGAAAGAUGCCUACAGCCUGGCUAACAACCCACAGUUCAAGCUGGAGGUGCAGUGCCCACAAGGGGGAGCUGCAGUCUGGGUUCUGCUCACCAGACACAUCACAGAUAAGGAUGACUUUGCUUCUAACCGAGAGUUCAUCACCUUGGUUGUGUACAAGACAGAUGGAAAGAAGGUCUACUACCCAAGUGACCCUCCACCUUAUAUUGAUGGCAUUCGAAUAAACAGCCCCCACUACCUUACUAAAAUGAAGCUGACGACCGCAGGGACCCAUACCUUUUCACUGGUGGUAUCUCAGUAUGAGAAGCAGAAUACUAUUCACUAUACAUUGAGGGUGUAUUCUGGAUGUAAAUAUAGUUUAACAAAGAUCCCUACUCCCUACACUCAGUACAAAAGGACCAAUGGUCAGUGGAAAGGUCAGAGUGCUGGUGGCUGCGGGAACUACAAAGAGACCUACAAGCACAACCCGAUCUAUCAGUUCCAGUUGGAGAAGCCAGGGCCACUGCUGAUUGAACUGCGAGGGUCACGGCAGUACAGCGUUGGGUUUGAAGUCAUUACUGUCUCCACAGUGGGGGAACCUGGACCCUCAGGCUUUCAAAAGAAAAGCAGUGGAGAUUACAGGUGUGGAUUUUGCUACAUGGAGGUUGAUGUUGUACCCGCUGGUGUUUACAAUAUCAUUCCCACCACCUUUCUUCCCAGUCAGGAGGGUCCCUUCUUUCUGGACUUUAACAGCACAACACCACUCCGGGUUUCCCAGCUCCAGUGAUGUGAGGUGGGGUGGGGGUGGACAGCUGCCCAAUUCUCAGGAUGUACUUACUCAGAGCCCUAGAGGUCAGGUUUAAAGGUCCAGUGAGACUCUCACAACUGGCAAGUAUACCGACUUGCUCUUGCAUGGGUGGAUAGUGCAAUAUCGGAACAGCUGUAGAAGGAUUGACACGGCUGAUGGAGUCUUUACUGUAAUUCACAUGGUUAUAUUAUUCAACCAAAAAGGAUUUGCCAAUCAUCUGGACCAAGCCUGCUUUGGAGUAUGCAUUUACACUUCAUUGUACAUCUACAAAAAAAAAAAAUUUAAAAAAAAAUCAUUAACCACACGAAGUCUAAGUAUUGUUAGUGGUAGCAAAGUAUAUGCCCUUGAUAUUUUAGGCCAAGUUCCAAGCUCAUGUGUUAAUUCAUUGAUAAAUGCAUUUCUUCUUAUGCAUAUUUGUUUCUAUGCAUCAAGGGUUGAAGGGCUUUUAUAAGUUAGCGUUAAAGAGAAUACAGGUGUUUUGAGAAAAAAAAUAAAAACUUCAUCACUCUCAGAAAUAUUACAGCAGUGUUUAUUUCUGACCUGCUUGGUUUGUGUAAGUCUUUGCAGCCAAAGGAAGAUACCUAUCUACCUUUUUUUAAAAUAUUUUUAGGACUCUGGUGUGUGAAAGCCACUAAGUUAAACUGGGAUUGGCUGCUAGAGGUUUUACAGUUCUCUGCAGUUAGGUUCUGGGGAAACAAAUAUUUUUGCAGUAAAAUAUACAUGUAUGUCAUGGUUGUUUUCAGUUACAUAAAUAAUACUUACAAAUAGAAUUAGAUUCUGACCAUGUCAGUGGUGUAGCAAGGAAUGGAAAUUAGGGUAGGCCCCAAUUUCUGCUGGCCAGGCAAUGACUAAAGAUCUGAUGUCGCAGAAAAUCAGGUAGAAUUUUAAACAAUUAAACCCCUAAAUAUAUUAAAUAUCACCACGUUUUAAUUGGACAAAAAAUAGAUUCUGCAUAAAUCUGCAGUAAAUGAACUUUAAAAAGCCAAGCAAGCAGCGUCACCAAGCCAGCAAGAACGAAGUCUUUUUCAAUUUUAACCAAUUAGUAAAUUGAAUGAAAGUCAGUAAAAUACGCGCAUUGCGUAGGUAGUGUCCUCUUGUCUCCACACCACCUUUCUGGAGGAGAAAGCGUCUGGACGUACUGUUAAAUACGGCAAUUGCAGUCAUAAUCCAGAUAAUUGCACAGGUCCUUUUCCAAUGACAGGAGCAUAUUCAGGCAUUAGCAUUGACGCUUGUGCAGCUAUUUUAAUCCUGUUCAACUCUUAAAGGUGUUUACGUAAGAGGAAAGAUAUCCAUGUGGCAAUCAUCUAAAACUUCUAUUCAUGUUGGAUAAUUUUUUCCCAUAGUUGAUUUGUGCGUCAUUUGUUGAAUAAGCACUGAAACAGAUUAAGGUGGAGAGUUACAAUCUACAUAAAUCUCUUGCCGAAAUUGACGUUUCCAAAUUACACGUACACCUCCUGUAUUUCCAGACAUAACAGAUGCUCCAUCAAAACUGAAGCCAACGCACAAUUCGGGAUCCAGUAUAAGAACUUCCAAGAAAUAACGCAGAAAUAACGAGGGUGCAGCUUCUACAAGGCCAUUCUGUAUAUCUGGGCUCAGCAUUGUAGUAUUUUUAAGAAGCUUUUUAAGUCGACUUUGAAUGCCUCCAUCAUAUUUUCUGAUAGUUUGAAAAGCUCAAGAAAGUUCAAUUUUGCUCAGAACAAGCAUGACUUUAAUGUGCUCCUGAUUUUAAUCUACUAAGCAGAUGUUAGCUGCAUCCUUGUUCAACUGGUUCAAAAUCUUUCCACUGCGUAAUAACUGACACUGUUCAUGGUUGUCAUAUUUAAAGAGUGCAAUUGGAUGCACUUUGCUCGACUGGAGCAGGUCUGGUGCAUAUGCUUUCAAUCACUAAAGCCACU